GCCGCUUAGAAAGGCGAGUCGGCGGCGGCGGAGCACAUAUAAAAGAAGGUCGCAGCCGCGCGGACACGGCUUCCUACGAGGCCCGAAUUCUCUCCACGUCGGAUCUGUGACUCGCGAUGGCUCAGGCCGCGACGUGCGUGCAAAAGAUAUAUAAUGGAGUAAUUGAAGAUGUCAUCAAUGGAGUUCGAGAAUACUUCCUGGAUGAAGGAGUUGACGAGGAGGUGUUGACAGAACUGAAGCAGUUAUGGGAACAAAAACUGCAGCGAAUGAAUGUUUUUGAUCACCCAGAACCAGGUACAGCCAAUACAUCCCACCAACAGCAGCUUCAGCAGCAACAACAGCAGCAGCAACAGCAGCAGCAACAACAGCAACAGAAUGCACAAGGAGGAGCACCAGCAUCUACCAUGCUACCCACCAACUUAGUGCCGGUACAGAUCACAGUACCAGCACAGCAGGCUGGAGGUGCACCAAAGACUAUCACCAUUCAUGUGCCAUCAUCAGCAUUGGCUAAUGGUGUUGCUGGACAGCAGCUGCAAACCAUCUUGAGUGCUACAGAUGCAGCCCAUACAUUUUCACUGGAGCCUAGUCGCGCAGCUGAAAUCAUCCAGAGGAAACUCAAUCAGGCACUAGAGGAAAAUGGAAUUACUUUACCUCCACAAUUGCUGCAGUACAACCAUAUUGCCACUACACAGGUGGACGGAGCAUUUGAUGAAGAAGAACUUGGCCCAACUCCUAGUACUUCCAAAGGAAAGGCAAGCAAACCAGCUUUGGCUCAAAUGACGUGGAACAAAGAAAGCCAACCAUCCCUGUCCGUUGACAGAGGCACAAUGGACAGACUUCUUUUUGCAAGAUUGAAAGCUUCACAGGUUGAUGGUGCAUAUGGAACUGGAGACAGUUCAUCUGAGAUUUCAGAAGAUGAAGACGAUGACGAUGAUGAAAAGGAUGAUGAAGAGGACAAGAAAUCUUUAGAUGGGGAAGAGGAAGAAGAUGAAGAUGAUGCACAAGAAGAGGAACCUUUGAAUACUGAUGAUGAUGUGAGUGAAGAUGACAGUAAUGAUAUGUUCGAUACAGACAAUGUUGUUGUGUGUCAGUAUGAUAAGAUUACUAGAGUAAGAAAUAAGUGGAGGUUUAUUUUGAAGGAUGGCAUCAUGAACCUGAAGGGUAAGGAUUAUGUCUUCCAGAAGUCAACAGGAGAAGGAGAGUGGUAGAAAGCAUUGGAUUUUUGUUUAGUCAACACUGAGGAGCACCUAGCUAGCAUACCCAUAUCAACACACACAAUCUUCUCAAAAGACUUGCACCCAAGAAGUGUGGGGAAGAGAACCUCAGCAGAAAGAUUUUUUUACCUCACAGGAGUUCAAGUGUCCAGGGAUGUGCUAGUAGCAUCUAGCAGGAAGAUGAUGUGCCAUUCAGGGUAGCUUUUAGGUGAAAAGUGUAUUCAGUGGCUCUUAUUUUGUUUCAAGUUGAGGCUCGAAACAGCAGUUGGUAAUUUGUACAGUAUUUGAUAUUCAUGCUUUGUGUUGUGCAUAUAAAAAGUAGGGAGGGUUAGAACAAAGUUCUAAAGGGAAGGAAGUGUGUUUUUAUCUGGAAUGAAAACAGUUAUGAUGACAUUGUUAAGUUGUUUAUCAUUUUUCAAAGAAGUGGUACUUCAUUGAUAAGAUAUAUAAGUCCCAUUUAGGGAAUAUAUUGUUUCGUUGAGCUGAAAUUAUACUCAUUAAAGGAAAUAUUGUAAAAUUCUUAGUACGAUAGGGAUAAAAUGCAGAUGAUUACUGUAUUUUAGAUAAAUAUUUCAUACAGUCACAAUUUCCAUUAUUUUUCCUUCAGAAGUUCAAUUUCUUAUCCAUAUAAUUUUGGAAAGUAGCAGUUUCAGAAUAUAUUUAGGCUUGUAUUUGUUUUAUGUUUUUGCCCAUACAAUUAAUCACUAGCCUUGUUUUAAACAUAGAUAGUCCUAUUAGUGGGGGAAGGCACCCUACUAUAUAAACCAGAUAAUGACAACAAGAUAUGCAGGAGGUGUUAAAAGGACUAUUAUUUAACUUUGCUUUACACAUUUUGGGGCAAAACUGCUUUCUUUCAAUAACAAGUUCCUUAGUACUUGAAUAUAAGAGACCAUGCAAGAGCUUAACAAUUUGCUGAUAUCUUUGUGUAACCUUUGAACAUUUAUUGUACUUCAAAGUUAUAUAUAUGCUUUGUGUGUGACUAUUUGAGUCCCAGAGAAAGAAAUGGAAGUGGGCUUUGUCACCACAUUUUAUUUAUUUGUGAUAAUUCACAAUUAAUAAAGUAGAUUAAUAAGUUAUAUUGUAUCCUUAUAGUGUAUGCCUUACUGAAAAUGGAGAGAAUUAUUAAGCAGUAGUUUUGUUGAUGAUAUACAAAUGUUCAAAUAUUGGUUAUCAUCCUGGCACAAAUUGUUAUCAUGAGUACUGCAUAUGCUGCACAGUUAUCAUUGUAGAAGGAGCUCGUCCACACUAGAGAAGAACCUUAAUAAUCAGUUUUGCCUACCUUCUUAAGAGUGUAAUAAGUCGUUUUUUUUUUUCAAUACAAAGUGGCAUAAUGAUUAGUGUGAGUUAAUUUAUAUUGAUAAAGAGCCUCCUCUGAAAAGUGUUAUCUAAAUGUCUUUAAUACCUUUGGUAUAAGUUUCUUUUUUAUGGCAUUAAAGGUCCCAGUGUUGAAAUUAAUUUGUAGUUACGAAAUUUGUGUGUUUUGACAUAUAUGAAUUAUCUUUACGUUUUGAUAUGUAUUGUGUAAUAUAGGAAGUUCUGGUAUUAAUUAUAAUAUUUUAUUUUUCUCUUUUGUUGGAACAUGCAUAAUCAUUGCUUAAUUUGUGAAGUUAAUGAAUUGAAGAGAUUAAUGGCUUCAUAUUAGUGAAAAAAUUAACUGCCAGUAAGGUGAAAUGUUAUAUUAUUGUAGUUGUUAAACUUAUUGUACCAAAGUAAAGUCUGUUUUCAUUGCUUCAUGGAUAAGUUCCAUGAUAUAAAAGGCAAUGAGUUACAAUAAACAUAUCUACAAUUCAUUAUAAGAAAAGGUGUUGAAACAUUCCAGAUGAGAGAAGACUAGUAUUUUCAUAUUUUUCUUAUAUUAAUGAUGUGAAGCAAGUGAAUUCGGCAUAGAAUAUCAAACAUAUUUCAAUAAGAGAUAUUCCUCAGGUGAGAUACUAUAGAAGAGAAUGGUUGUGAAUGUAGCAGGUACAUGUAGGAGAAAGUGAGAUUUGUCAGACCUGCUUUAAUGAACAUGGAUUGUUAGCACAAAGAGGAACCUGGAUGAAAUUAAUAUACUAUGCAACCAACAGCUGAGCUACCUAUGAAAUUUAGUGAACUGGUAUGUAGGGAAUCUGUAACAAUCCAAUGUUUAGAACUCUAAUGCCCUAAUCUACCUAUAUAUAAUUUUAUAAUUAACUUGUGUGUAUCAUUUGGGUAUUGGAUGUCACUAAGUAUUUGCUUACUAUAAAUCACCAAAGAUCUUCACUUCCAAACUCCAAAGCAAGCAAGUUCGACUCUCUUUAAGUCUCAUUUUUGUGGGACAGUGAAGGUAAUUCAGUGUAUGAAUUACAGUGAAAGAAUGAGUUACAGUGAACUGUUUCUGGGACUGUGAUCAUUUUGCCAUUAAAACACACUGUACAAGC